AUGUCUCAGUCUUUCGAAGACGAGAUCGCAGCUCUAACGCAAAAGGUGCAAUCGGACCCAGGGUUGCUCAACCCUGAGUCCCGAAUCAGAGCCCUAAAAGCCACACGAGACCUCCUACACGCAAUCACUCCCCCACCAGAGACCGCCAUCCAGGAUGUAGUUUUGAGCCCGGUUCUCCUCAUGGCUAUGCGUGUAGGCGUCGACCUUGGCGUCUUCCAAGCGAUCUGCGAUGGCCAGGGUGAGGAAGUGACUACUGAGAGUAUUGCCGAAAAGUCAGGGGCCAGCUUUCUUCUCCUUGACCAGAUCCUGCGAGUGCUGGCUUCAGCAGGGUAUAUCCUAGAGGCUGGUGUACAGUCCUUCAAGCCAUCGCCGUUGACCGCGAUUAUGGCAGCACCUCCAUUCAUCGCAAUGACAAGGGCAUGCUUCGAUAUAGGAAACUAUACGACAACUUACGCUCCAGAGUACUUCCGGCAGCAUAAACAUGCGUUUCCCCCAUCCGCAAAAGAGACCCCCUUCCAGCUUGCCAAGAACACGUCGCUUGGCUACUUUGCCUGGCUAGUAGAGAACCCGUCAUUAGCAGCGGACUUCCAGGCCUGGAUGACGGUGAAGCAGCAGGCGUCGCCGAAUUGGGUGGAUUGGUUCGAUGUAGAGGGUCUGAUUCUAAACGGGUUCGAAGAACACAACACGCAGGGAUCAUCGUCUGGCGAUGAGGAGGAAGAGCAGGCAGAGCCCGUCUUAGUCGUCGACAUCGGCGGCGGAGAAGGCCACUAUCUGCAUGCAUUCAACCGCAGGUUCCCUCAUGCACCCGGUCAGCGGAUACUCCAGGACCUCCCGCAUGUAAUUGACACUGUUUCCGAUAUCCCAGAUAAGACCAAACUCAUGGCCUAUGAUUUCUUCACAGCUCAGCCUGUUCAAGGAGCAAGAACCUACUAUCUCCACUGGAUUCUGCAUGACUGGGCCGACCCGCAGGCCCGCCAUAUCCUCUCGAACAUCAGUGCAGCCAUGAAACCUGGCUACUCGAGACUCAUCAUCAACGAGGCGAUUAUCCACGAUAAGGGCUGUGAUUUCGCCACAGCUUGUAUCAGCGCUAUGAUGAUGCUUCAGGUGGGGGCGAGAGAGAGGACAGAGGGGCAGUGGAGAGAACUAUUGGCGGAUGUGGGGUUGACUGAUGUGCGCUGUUAUCAGCCGCCUGCCGGAUCGGCGGGUGAGGGGAUCAUUCUUGUUCAGAAGUAG